AUUUAUAAGCUUGUUUUUUUUUUUAAUGAAAGUGCCUUUCAUAUGAGUUUUCCUCGUGUCCCUCCAGACACCAUUGCAAGUCUUUCAAACCUACAGCUACAGGGUAUAUAAGGAAUACCUUGUGCAGCAGACGAGCACAAGACACCUUUGUAUACUGACAAGCUCUUGGAAAGGACGUAAUUUCGGAGGUACAGUGAGCAAGGGAUCUGCCCUAUCAAGAUGGGUUUACUUAACUUCCUACAACAGCGCUUUGGAUUCUCCUGCUUGGUCCUUGUACUGCUUGUUGUUGUACUUAUAUGCCCCGAUGUUUCCAGUGGGAAUAAACUUCGAAUGAUGCUACAGAAACGAGAAGCUGCAUCAAAGGAACCAGCUAAGACAGUUGUGGCUGUUGAAGGAAGCAGAGCCAAUGAGUUUUUAAACACAUUAAAACGUUCCAAACGCCAGCUUUGGGACCGCUCUCGCCCUGAAGUGCAGCAGUGGUACCAACAAUUCCUCUACUUGGGCUUUGAUGAAACUAAAUAUGAAGAUGAUAUGUCUUACUGGAUGAAUCAAGGCCGUGCUGGCAACGAAUACUAUGGAGGUUUUCACCAACACCAUUAUGAUGAAGAUGCAGCUUUAGGCCCUCGCAAUCCAUAUACUUUCAGACAUGGAGCUGGGGUGAACUAUGAUGAUUAUUAGAACUCAGUGUUGCACUAAAAAUGUUGA